UUAAGGUUUCUCACUCACUCAGCCUGCAGCGAUGUCAAACUCAGACAACACAGAGAGGCUCCUCCUGCAGAUUCUUUGGGACUGUUUGAGAGAACAGAGCCUCUUAGGAUCUCCAUUUUUCCCAGUUUUAUUCUCCCUGACUGUUCACCUGAGCUGCUGCUUGCCUUACAUUUGUCUGGAUAUUCUCUGCCCCAGAUUGAGCGUGGUACGUCGGUUCAAGAUCCAGCCUCAGAGCACGGUGACAUGGGUAAUGACUUGGAGGUGCUUGCGUAAAAUUCUUUACAACCAUUUCUGUUACAUUUUCCCCCUCUCUGUUGUGUACUGGUACUGGAGACCUGUGGUUUCUCCUCCACUGGCCCCUGCAAUGCUGUCUGUGGUAGAGGAUGUAGUGGCCUGCCUCCUCUUGUUCGACAUGCAGUACUUUUUUUGGCAUCUGCUACACCACAAGGUGUCCUGGCUCUACUAUUUCUUCCACAAGGAGCACCACCUCUACACUGCCACCUUCUCCCUGGCGACGGAGAACACAGGUGUCUGGGAGAUGCUGAGCCUCAGCUUCUUCACAACACUGAACCCUGCGCUCUUGGACUGCCACCCGCUCACCGAGAUGCUCUUCUUCAUUACAAACAUGUAUCUGUCUGUGGAGGCUCACUCAGGCUAUGAAUUUCCCUGGUCGCCACAUAAACUGGUACCCUUCAGCCUCUACGGAGGAGCUCAGCAUCAUGACUUCCAUCACCUCAAAUUCAAAGUAAACUACGCACCGUACUUCACGCACUGGGACAGACUUUUUGGCACGCUGCAGGGAGCAGGCACACAGAAUAAAUCACGAAACCCAGAGACUUUAAAGAGGCUGUGAUUAUCAGGAUAUCUGAAGGACCUGCA